GACGUGGCCCGCGGUCCCCCUGCGGUCGUGGCCUCACACUGCCUGACAUUCCCUGGGGCCUGAGGUUCUCUGUUAGUCCAGCGGUUUGGACUUGGUGCUCCUACCACAGGAGCUGAGGCCCGACCCCCGGCCUCGGAAUCGGGAUCCCACAAGCCACACGGCACUGAAAAAAAAAAAAAAGGCAAAGCAGGGCAAUAAGAAAGAAUAAAAACUAAAAUAAAAUUUGAAAACUAAAAAUAUUGUAAAAUUAAAAAUAAAACAACAACAACAAGGCAAAACAGAACCACGACAGCAGAAAAAAGAAAAAAGGGGCUGGAAGAGGCCUGAGGGGCGGGGCUUAGGCCCAGCACAGCGGGAGGGGCCCUGGAGGGCUGAGGGGUAGGCCCAGGACCCCGGCAGGCUCACCAGGGCCCGAGUGGUCGGGGGAGACGCCGGCCACGCUCCCCUCUGAGCCCCUGAUCCCCCUGCCAUGUGGGAACCCCUCCCCUCCCCGCCCCGAGGGUGCUGGUCCCAUCCCACCUCCACUUUUGCUCCCCUCCUCCUUCCCCUCCACGUCCUGCCCGGUUGCUUGGGGACCCCUCCCUUCCCUCUAGACGUCUGAGGCCCCGCUGGUACCUGGCCGGCGCCCUGGUGUGAGGAGACUCGAACUCCGCCUCUUCCUGUGCGCCGCCUGGACCCCUCCUCCUCCAGGGUGUUUACUGCCCCCUCUUUAACUCGUGUCUGUUAGAAUGAAGCGGUCUGUUCCGUUGUCUGUCCCUUCAGGGGAAUUCUCUUGGUCUGUUAACUGCGAGUGGUUUCUCUGCUUCUUGUACUUAACGUUUCUCUUACUCUGUGAGUUUAGGAGAAACAAUUACGUGUUCUAGUCUUGGGAGGCUAUUUUAUGUGGGACUCUGCCCCUUAAUAUUUUGGGCACAAGGGCAGCUUUUAGUUUGCAUGCUUGCCACCUCUUUCCUCAGCGUGUGCUUGCUGUUACCCCCGUAAUAGGGGUGUGCAGGGGCCGGCAGCCCGUGCGCACUCCCGGGGCCCUACCAGCAGGGGCAGUGAUUGGCGCUUGCUGACAGGUCUCUCCGCAGGGGCGGUGGCCCGCGCGCGCUCCCAAGGCCCUCGCCGGGCAGGGACAGUGAUUAGCACCUGCUCGCCGGUCUCUUAGGCACAGUGGCAGCCGGCCUGCUCCCAGGAUGGCAGGGGCAGUGAUUGUUGCCUGCUCCCUCAUCUCUCGCAGCAGCGGUGGCUCACGCCCACCCCGGGGCUCGUGUAGGCGGUGUGCUGUUGCCUGAGAGCGUGCGCGCUUGGGGAGAGAAGCUUCUUCAGUGGUCCCGCUGUUCCCCUUGCACAUCCCCCAACAAUCGUGCCUUGCCUCUCCGGGGGGACCCAGGCUUCUUCCACGUACACCCUCCAUGGCCACACUCCAGCCCCUUCAGGAUGUCUCCACGCAGCCAACCCCCGUCCUCUCCCCGGGUCUGACCUCUGAAGCCCAAGCUUCAGCACCCAGCCCCCACCCGCCCCAGUGGACGGGUGUCUCAGUCUGGGGAGCACAGGGCAGCAAUGACCACCGUAUGUGCAGGUCACUGUCCGCGUUGCCUUUCUCAGACCUGUUGUGCUCUCUCUCAGGCCCUGAAGCUCCCCCUUGGUCCACGCUGAUCUCCCUGCCGGCGAGGGCACUCUCCAGGGUGCAGGAACCUUUCCUCUUCCACAGCUCCCUCCCUGGGGCCCAGGUCCUGUCCCCAUUCCUUUCUCUCUCUCUCUUUUUCUCUUCUUUGUUUUGCCCUGCCUGGUUCCAUGGAGAUUUUCUUGCCCUUUCUGAAGUCUGAGGUCUCCUGCCAGCGUGCAGUAGGCGUCCGGUGACAGCUGGUCCGCACGCAGGCCUGCGGCUGCCCGCUCUACUGGAAGGGGCCGCUCUUCUGCGGCGCCGGUGGAGAGCGCACGGGCUCCGUCUCCGUGCACAAGUUCGUCGCCAUGUGGAGAAAGAUGCUCCAGAGCUGCCAUGAUGACGCGGCCAAGUUCGUCCACCUGCUCGUGAGCCCCGGCGGCAGCUCCCUGGCGCAGGAGGACUUCAUCCCCUUCUUGCAGGACGUGGUGAACACCCACCCGGGCUUGGCAUUCCUGAAGGAAGCGUCAGAGUUCCACUCCCGCUACAUCACCACGGUCACACAGAGGAUCUUCUACACGGUCAACAGGUCCUGGUCCGGGAGGAUCACGUGCGCAGAGCUCCGGAGGAGCACGUUCCUGCAGCCGGAGGUUCCUGGCAGCGGUUUUCUGGGUGUGUCCUGGCAGAACGUGGCGCUCCUGGAGGACGAGGUGGACAUCAACCAGCUGACGGAGUUCUUCUCCUACGAGCACUUCUACGUCAUCUACUGCAAGUUCUGGGAGCUGGACACGGACCACGACCUGCUCAUUGACGCGCAGGACCUGGCCCGGCACAAUGACCACGCCAUAUCUACCAAGAUGAUCGAGAGGAUCUUCUCGGGAGCCGUGACGCGAGGGAAAAAAGUGCAGAAAGAAGGAAAAAUAAGCUACGCUGACUUUGUCUGGUUCUUGAUCUCCGAGGAAGACAAGAAAACCCCGACCAGCAUUGAGUACUGGUUCCGCUGCAUGGACCUGGAUGGGGACGGGGUGCUGUCCAUGUUCGAGCUGGAGUACUUCUAUGAGGAGCAGUGCCGCCGGCUGGACAGCAUGGCCAUUGAGGCCCUGCCCUUUGAGGACUGCCUGUGUCAGAUGCUGGACCUGGUGAAGCCCCAAAGCGAAGGGAGGAUCACGCUUCACGACCUGAAGAGGUGCAAGCUGGCCAGUGUCUUCUUCGACACCUUCUUCAACAUCGAGAAGUACCUGGACCACGAGCAGAGAGAGCAGAUCUCCCUGUUCAGGGAGAGCGAGAGCGAGGGUCCCGAGCUGUCUGACUGGGAGAGGUACGCCGCUGAGGAGUACGACAUCCUGGUGGCUGAGGAGGCCAUGGGGGAGCCCUGGGAGGACGGGUAUGAGGCGGAGCUCAGCCCCGUGGACCAGAAGCUGAGCGCGCUGCGGUCUCCGCUGGCCCAGAGGCCCUUCUUCGAGGUGCCAACCGGCCUGGGCGCCGUCGAGCUAUAUGAGUACGAGCACGGGGGUGACGACCUGCCGCCCUCGUGACCUGUGGCCUCCGUGGGGCGUGAACGCGGCUUCUGCCUCAGGAGCAGAACUGUGUGCUUGUUGAGCCCUUUUACAGAAAGUGAAGUGCGUUUUUAUGGAGAGACCUUAUUUAUUCAGCACAGAAGCUGGCCAGAGAUGGUCACGGUCACUGAGGUGGGUCCCCACCCGCCCUGGAGGAGCUGACGCGCGUGCGAGAGCCCCAGGCCCAGCCUGGCGGUGAGGACGCACGCGCCCCAGCGUCCCCAGCGGUCAGGGUGACCUUGGCCCCACUGUCCAGCUUCCAAGUGUAGGUGUUUGCAGGCUCACGUCGUCUGGCUGAGCGGCAACCAGGCGCCGCCCCAGAAGAUCUGCCUGCGGUCGUGGAUGUGCGCUGACUUCGGGGAGGGGUGUGGUCGUCAGGAACAUUCCAGGAGCCCCUGCGCCUCCAUCCCGUGGGCGCCCCCACAGGGGCCACUGUCCCGGCCGCAGCUGCUCCCCCAGAGGGAGCGCCCACGUCAGCAUAUCUUUUAUUGUUUUUGUGUAAAUGUACAGCAUAUGUAAAGUUGAGUUUUAUUUGCCGUGCAGAGCAGCUUAAAAACGUUUUAUGAGAUCACGUUUGUAUUUUCAAAUAAAGAAUUUAAAGAUU